AUGGUGGGGCAAAGGAAUCAAUACACUCCCCCGGAGGAAGAGUGCCUACUGGGUGAUAGCUCCGAGGCGAUACCUCACAAGUCAUCCUCUCCCACUUGGAGAAGGCUACGAAUCAUAACCCUCAUCACAGCUAUCAUCGGUGCUCUUGCCCUGGUACUUUUAUAUGUGACGAACGGGUACGAACCCUCAUCUGGGAGCGUGGAGAGCGUGGAACGUAGGAGUCCUGACCAGCCAUUGGUUGCGUCGUAUAGGUCCAAAAAACAGGUCGUGCACCGUCCCCAUGCCUGCGACAGCGUGCGUAGCGGCUACGAAUGUUUCUCCGAUAUCUCCCACCGCUGGGGUCAAUACUCACCUUACUUCUCACUGGCUGAGGAAGGUAUCUCCAACGCUGUUCCACAGCAAUGCGAUGUCACCUUCGUGCAGGUACUCUCCCGCCACGGCGCACGGUACCCCACCGCAUCAAAGAGUAAGUCGUAUGCCGAGCUCAUUGAGGCUAUUCAGGCCAAUGCCACCGCGUACAAGAACAACACCGCGUUCUUGCGCUCGUACAACUACACGCUCGGCAGCGAUGACCUCACAACCUUUGGCGAGCGCGAGAUGGUGAACUCGGGCAUCAAGUUCUACGAGCGCUAUGAGGCUCUCGCGCGAGACAAUAUCCCCUUUAUCCGGUCAUCAGGCUCCUCGCGUGUGGUCGAAUCAGGAAAGCUCUUUAUCAAGGGAUUUCAGCACACAAAGCAGCAAGACAAACAUGCUCUACAUGCGCAGGCCGCACCAACAGUCAACGUCGUCAUCUCCGAAGAUGCUGGCUCAAACAAUACCCUCAAUCACAACACCUGUACGGCAUUCGAAGCCAGCACCAUCGGUGACGAUGUCACUGAUAACUACACCGCAAUCUUCGCGCCACCUAUCCAGACACGUCUCCAGUCUCUCCUCCCAGGCGUCAUCCUCUCUCUGGAUGAUGUUACUUACCUCAUGGAUAUGUGCUCCUAUGACACAAUUUCCGACACGGUAGACGGCAGCAAGAAAUCCGACUUCUGUGCCCUCUUCACCGAGCAUGAGUGGUCGGAAUACAACUAUUAUCAGUCCCUCGGCAAAUACUAUGGCUACGGUGCUGGAAACCCACUUGGCCCGACCCAAGGCGUUGGAUUCGUCAACGAGCUCAUCGCCCGGUUGACACGCACUCCUGUGCGCGAUCACACUUCCACAAACCACACCCUGGACAACGGACCAGGCGCCGCUACUACAUUCCCCUUGAACCGGACGAUUUACGCAGACUUCACCCAUGACAAUGGCUUGAUUCCGAUUUUCUUUGCGCUGGGUCUGUACAAUUCCACUGCGACUUUGCCUACCACUCAUAUCCAGUCCGCUAGUGCUGCGGACGGAUUCUCUGCUGCAUGGACCGUCCCAUUCGGAGCACGUGCAUACAUUGAGAUGAUGCAGUGUACUGCUGAGAAGGAGCCGUUGGUGCGGAUUUUGGUCAAUGAUCGCGUUGUUCCCUUGCAGGGUUGUGACGUUGAUGCGCUGGGACGUUGCAAGAAGGGUGAUUUCAUCAAUGCGCUGAGCUUUGCGAGGGAAGGGGGUGAUUGGGCCAGCUGCUAUUAG